AAACCUACCAUUUAUCAUUCUAACAAUAGCAGUAGCCUUACUCCAGCCUCCCACACUCAGAGAGACAGAGAGAGAGAGAGAAUGGCCACCACAGCAGCCCUCUCCAGCGCCAUGGUCAGCACAUCGUUUACUCGCCGGGUGCCAGUGACAAGCCUACGGGCUCUUCCCAACGUGGGGGAGGCUCUUCUUGGCUUGAAAGCCAGUCGAGGAGGACGUGUUAAAGCAAUGGCAGCACACACGGUGAAGCUCAUCACUCCUGACGGUGAGAAGGAGUUUAAAUGCCCCGAUGACAUCUACAUCCUUGACCAUGCUGAGGAGGCAGAAGAGAUUGACCUCCCCUACUCAUGCAGGGCUGGCUCAUGCUCUUCAUGUCUUGGCAAGAUUGUGAAGGGAACUGUGGAUCAGUCUGAUGCUAGCUUCCUUGAUGAUGACCAGAUAGAGGAAGGCUGGGUUCUCACCUGUGUUGCUUAUCCUACGUCUGAUGUUGUCAUCGAGACACACAAAGAGGAAGAGUUUAGCGGUUAAAUAAGAUCUCUUUCUGUUUGUGUCGUCGGUGGUGUUCCGGCAGGGGGGGGAUUUUAUGAUUGUUAUUUCUACUGUUACUGAGCAUGUAAUUUAACUUGUCCCAAGUUUUUCUUCCUUCAUUUGUGUAGUCUCAAAUGAAACUGCGUUUACUUAAUAAAUCUGUAGUGUAUGGGAAUGUUUCCUCAA